AUGCCUUUCACAUCCAGCGACGUCGCCAAGAUCAUUGUUGCCAUCCUCCUGCCGCCCGUAGGAGUCUUCCUCGAGCGAGGCUGCGGUGCCGACUUCUUGAUCAACAUCCUGCUCACAAUCUUGGGUUACAUUCCCGGAAUCAUCCACGCUCUGUACAUCAUAUUGAAGUACUAG